AUAAGGUGUAGGAUUGGUAAAACUAAUGAAGUGAACUCAGAAUAGUACGGAAUAGCUUCAGAGCAUGUUUACUGCUCAUUCUUAGGCGCUAAAGCUUUAAAAUCGUAGUUUAAGCGAAGACGUGGUAAAAAGUGACAAUGAUUAUCCUGGGAGUGUUAGUCUUAGUUGUGGGUGCAUAUUGGCUAUACUUCUCUAUCAAAACUCACCGAAUGGAGAAACUGACCGCGUCCCUGCCUUCACUGCCGGCACUGCCCCUCGUCGGAAACGCCAUGAUGUUUAUUGGCAACACUGAAAAAAUUCUUCAUAAUCUGGAAUAUAUGGCGGAAAUUGCAUUUAAAAACAAAGGAUGUGCUAAAGUUUGGUUGGGUCCCAAAUUGUACAUAGCUAUUGGUAACCCAGAAGACGCGCAGGUAGUCCUGGAAAAUUGUUUAGACAAAGACGGUGUAUACCGCUUUUUGAGAGCAUGGUUAGGACAUGGCUUGUUUGUGGCACCGGUGGGUUUAUGGAAAACUCAUAGAAAAGUAUUGCUACCUGUGUUCCACAACAAAGUAGUAGAAGAAUACCUGGGUGUGAUUGGGGAGCAGGCCGACGUGCUGGUGGGCCGCUUAGCCGACCAUGUGGAUAAGGAGGAGUUCGACAUCCUGAAAUAUAUCACUGCGUGCACUCUGGAUAUAGUGUUUGAAACGGCAAUGGGUGAGCGGAUGGAUGUGCAACAUACACCCGAUACGCCAUACCUGCGCGCGCGCCACACAGUAAUCGCUAUCCUGAACAUGCGGAUCUUCAAGGUCUGGCUGCAACCCGACUGCCUCUUCAACCUGACUUCGUACGCCAAGCAACAAAAGGACAAUAUCGAUCUAACACAUCGGUUCACGGAUGAGGUUGUCAAGAAAAAGCGUUUAGAAUAUGAAAGUAAAAAGAGAAAAGAUAACAAUGAACCUGAAGGUAAACUUCAGGCAGUCCUCGAUUUGUUGUUCGGCCGAGAAAUCGAGUUCACCAACGAACAGCUGAGGGAGCACAUCGAUUCCAUCACAGUGGCUGGCAACGACACCACUGCCCUGGUCAUAGCUUACACCCUAGUCCUUCUGGGAGUACAUCAAGGCGCACAGGAAAGGGCCUUCCAAGAACAGGAAUCUAUCUUCGGCAAAUCGAGUCGCGGCGCGAACAAGGAGGAUCUACAGCAAAUGCAUUAUCUGGAGAGGGUCAUCAAGGAAAGCAUGCGACUGUACACGGUGGUGCCCAUCAUAGCGCGGAAUGUACACAAAGAUACGUACCUUCCCAAAUGCGGCGUGACCGUGCCAGCCGGGGCUGGUGCUGUCAUCGGCUCGUUCGCGAUACACAGAGCAAAGGACGUGUGGGGUGACGACGCGGACACCUUUGACCCCGACAGGUUCCUUCCUGAGCGCUCUGUGGGGCGCCACCCAGCUGCGUUCCUUCCAUUCAGUUUUGGCUCAAGAAAUUGUAUAGGGCGAAAUUUUGGAAUGCUCAUCAUGAAAAGCAUAAUAUCAAGGGUACUGCGAGACUACAUAAUCGGGGCAAAACCUAUCGACAGGUUGAAGAUAGAAGUAUUGUUGUUCCCUACCAAUGGUCAUCAAAUCAAACUAACCAGACGAUCGGCGUAAAAACUAAAUGCAAAUAUGUUCAAUAUUUCAUUUUUAGAAGCAUUGCUUACUAGGUUUGCCUAUAAACUUUAUAAGUUUAAUAAAACUUAUUUAUCAAAAUUGUAGCUAACCAUUCGCGAUUUCGAAAACACAUCAAAAAGAAAUCGCUGAGUUAUACAAUAAGUACGUUUAUAUAAUCCUAUUUAUAGAAUAUUGUUAAUUUUCUUUAAGAUUAAUGACAUAAAUGGAUACAAAUUACUUUUAUAAUUACAAAUUACUUUUAUAAUUACAAAUUACUUUUAUAAUUUAUUUAACUAGAUGCAAUUUAUUAAGUACUAGCUGUGCCCGCGACUUCGUCCGCGUGGAAUUGUUAUUUUGGGCAUCAUUGAAGCUCUCAGGGAUGAAUAAUUAUCCCUGUUUUUUUACAUUUUCCAUUAUUUAUUUCCUCCUUAUAGUGGCAGCGUGAUGUUAUAUGGCCUAAAGCCUUCCUCGAUAAAAGGUCUAUUCAACGCAAAAAUAAUUUUUCAAUUCGAACCAGCUGUCUGAGAUUAGCGAGUUCAAACUAAACAAACAAACUCUUCAGCUUUAUAAUAUUAGUACAGAUGACAAUAAAGUGAUAAUAUUUAUAAAUUGAUUAAAUCUCAUUUGUUAUCAAUUCUAUAAUUGAAAUUAAAACAGAUCUUUAUCUUAUAAUACCUAUGAAAAAUACGCAGGAAGUAGUUUAGUACUUACCUUUCUAAGAAUAAAUUUUCCAGGAAAAUCAUCAGUAGGCUAAUUGUAAUAUUUUAAAUAGUCGUAAAAUUACGUUUUAUGCACAGAACCUAAACUACAAAGGUAAGAAGUGCAUAGUACCUAUGAAUAAGUUCCGCAAAUAUAUACUAUGGAAUAACGUUAAGUGAAUGAUCUUGGCCAUCUGCAAGGUAAGUACUACAACUUAAAGUAGGUAAAUAUUUACCAGCGUCAUUGAUACGAGUACUAUCGCAAAUAAGUCUAUUAGGUAAUAUGUCGAAUAAAUCUGUCAAUCUGUCCGUCUGUCUGAUUUUGAUGACAUUUAUCAUGGAUGUAAUUAAUUAAUAGAUUUGAAAUUAUUUGGUCACAGAGUCGCGGGUGAAAAAAUGUUGGGAAAAUCUCUCUUAACUAUUCAAGAAAGAUAUGAAUAAUGAAAACUGUAAGUGUAACUGUGAGGAUUGAAUAUUUAUUUAUUAAAAAAUUAUUUAGCCUUAAAGAUACAAUUAGUGAACAUAAUGCUGAUAGCAUUCUCUACCAGUCAAUAUUUAGAAUCUUUGUCUAUAUGUGUAAGUUCAAGGCGAUUUUUUAUUGAUUAAGUAAUUUUUCUCAGCAUAUUUGGAUGAUGAAACUGAGUAUUUUUUUAGUUUAUUAAAAAAAUUUUUACUCUCUCAUACAAAUUUGUUGAUUAUCUGAUUUAUGGUAACUAGUAUGGUAAAGAAAUUUUUCUCGUUUUUGUUAUAUGCAGAACACGUUUGCUUAUUUGGUACCAACGUUACAUUAAUAUGUCCGAUUCAUGGCAUUUUAUCUGUGUGCAUUAUACAAUGCCAAUAAACAACAAAUAGGUAGGUAUACACAUACCUAUUUGUUUAAAAGUUUUGUUUAUUAAAUAAAUUAUUUAUUACCUACUAACUUAAGUUUUGAUUUAUUUGAUCAAGAAGAGACUGGAUGAAUAAAAAUGCUUUUGUACCACUUUAUCUAAUAAAGAAAUCCACAUCCACCAUAAUAAUAAAGAGAAAAAUUUGUAUGUCUGUAACAAAUAAACUCAAACACUACUGAAAAUAUUUCAAAAAAUCUUUCACCGUUUAUAAAGCUACAUUUAAUGAAAGUAAUAUAGGCAUAGAUUUGUAUUGAAAUAAAUGACAUUUCAAACUGAUUAAUGAUACAUAUAAUGUAAUUCAAAAUAUAACGUAAAGUACCCAAUGUCCGACAGACCACCAAUGAUCGACACAUAAAAAGUAAAAUAAAAAAAGGAUAUACUAAUGUUGUGUAUUUUAACGUAAACGAAGCAUAGGUUAUACACAAGGUUCAUCCAGCUCUCAUUGCAAGUGUCACUUUCUACAUUCGGUUAUUUUGAUAAAAAAUGGUGGAGCUUUAAAUAUCGACCGGCAGAAGUUUUUAACGGAAAGCCAGUUUUAUUAGUGAAAUCACUAAGGAGGUGAGUAAGGUUUAUUGCUCAUAACUUUUUUCGGUUUAAAGCUACCAUUUGAAAAUUUUAGGCUGGGUGCACGAUUAAUGGACCGUUAAAUAUUGGGUGUCCAUAAAUAGAACAUGUC